UUGUCAAUGUUACUGGGAGGCCGGGUGUUGCCUUUUGUUGAUAAGCCUGGUACUAUCUCACAAUUGUAAUAAAUUUAAAUUACUAAAAAUUAGUUGUAUUCGUUUUAUUUGUGUUGUGCAAUUGUUGUGUGUGUAUUUUUGAAAACUUAACCUAAAAUGUGGAAAGCUGCAGCAGGUCAACAAAUUAACUUAAACGAUCAGCCCACAGAGGAUGACGAAUGGGAAACAGAUCCGGAUUUUGUUAAUGAUGUGAAUGAGCAAGAACAACGAUGGGGGUCAACCACAAUUGCUGGAUCUGGGAGAACAGCUGGGGCUAUAGAUAUGACUCAAUUGAGGAAGGAAACGGAGGAAGCAGAUGCGUUAAAGAAGAAGAAACAAUUGGAGGAAGGUGCCAGUAAUCCUGCUUUUGGAUAUGGAGGGAAAUUUGGGAUUGAGAAGGAUAGGAUGGAUCAGUCGGCUAUGGGGCAUGAAUAUAUCGCAAAAGUGGAAAAACAUGCCUCACAGAAGGAUUAUAGUGCGGGGUUUGGGGGGAAGUUUGGCAUACAAUCAGAUAGAGUAGAUAAGAGUGCUGUUAGUUGGGAACACAAGGAAAAAAUCGAAAAACACGCCUCGCAGAAAGACUACGUGACAGGUUUCGGGGGCAAAUUCGGCGUCCAAACAGACCGUCAAGACAAAUCGGCCGUUGGUUGGGACCACAUCGAAAAAGUGGAAAAACACGAAUCCCAGAAAGAUUACGUCAAGGGUUUUGGGGGCAAAUUCGGUGUCCAGUCGGACCGCCAGGACAAGUCGGCUGUGGGUUGGGACCACCAUGAAGCCCCCCACAAGCACGAAAGUCAAACCGACCACAAAAUUGGCUUUGGUGGAAAAUUCGGAGUUCAAACGGAUCGAGUAGACAAAUCCGCUGCAAGUUUUAACGACGAACCUGCCAGAGUCGGCACUAAUUACACCAAAGUUAAGCCGGAUAUUGGAGAUGCGAAACCGAAAGAUUUGAGAGCCAAAUUCGAAAAUAUGAGUUCACAGGAGAAUCAAGAAGUCGAAAAGAUUUCAACUCCCAAGAAAACGGUUCAUGCCAGAGCCGCCAUGUUUAAUAAUAAAACUGAAGAAACGCCACAAAGUACACCAGAAAGAGUGCCUAAAGUGAUGGACUCGUCGAAAACAGCAUUUUUGACUCAGACGAGUCAAGCGGAAACACCAGAUACUGAUGUGCGAGUUCCGAAGAGUUUGGAUGAGUCGAAGAAGGCAUUUUUGACGCAAGAAACUCGAGAAGAAACAAAGUUUGUUCCAGGACAUUUGGAUCAGAGUAAAUUGGCUCAGUUUAAUAACGAGUCCAACUCGCGAGAUAACUACCAGACUAGUGACGUAAAUAAGGAGAUACAACAGUUGAAAGAAAUGCAACAACAAAGACAGUUCGAAGAACAGGAAGAUAUCUAUGAAAAUGUCACUACUAGUCAAGUCACAGCUGAAAACACCUCGCCUAGUGAAGAACAAGAAGAUGUUUAUUAUACAACUGAUGAAAUUGUUGAUACUGGGAUUUCCGCAGUCGCUCUCUACGAUUAUCAAGCAGCGGCUGAUGAUGAAAUUUCGUUUGAUCCUGAUGAUAUUAUUACACACAUUGAAAAGAUUGACGAAGGUUGGUGGAGGGGCUUGUGCAAAGGCAAAUACGGACUAUUUCCUGCAAACUACGUACAAGCUAAUGAGUGAUAAAUUUACUUGAUUUACUACAUAAGGCCUAUAAAGUACUUAACGGGCUUACUUGCCCACAUUUUAUUUUUUUUUACUGUUUUAUUCAAAUGACUAUUAUGUAUGUAUAUGCUUCCAUUCGUAAAGUUUUAUAAUAAAGUAUUUUAAAUUGA